CCCUUGUAAGUAGUCAAAAUUUGGAGUAACAAUCUCUCGACUGUACUGUACAGUACUGGUAAUAAAACUUUGGCUUUCGGUGUGCAGAGAAUCAAAGGGCAGGGCUUCCAGGCGAUCGAGCAACGGACGGAAAGCGAUCGAAGUGAAUUCAUUUGACACAGCAACAGCCGCUAGUGAAGCUUGCUGUCUCCUUUCUUUAUGCUAUUUCUUCCUAACGGCCUUCUUCUUUUCGUUGCCCGGCUUUCAAUUCCCUCACGGGAACCCUACAUGGCUUUGCUCCCCCCAACCAUUGCUCUUGUGGUUACCUUCAAUUAACCACCAACCCCACGCUUCUGCCUCGAAUAUAUCCUGCCGACAUGCACUGCCUCAGCCAUACCAAUUCACUCGAAGCCGCCUUCUCCUUAUCCUUCUUGUACAUGGAGGAACCCAGCUCCAAUGAGCGGCUUCUCGGCCAGUUGGUUCUGCACGCUCCUCUCGUCUCGACGCGGCGCUCCUCCAGUUCGACCAGCACCAACAGCGUCGAUCGUUCCAGCUCGACGAGGCGGCGGGUUCCUUCCAACGACCUCGCAAGCCAGAGGGUUCCUUUCUCAUGGGAGAGCUCCCCUGGUGUGCCCAAGCUUUCGCGGGCCACGAGGCUUCACCUCGAUGAGUUCGACGUCGAACCCCUGCCUUUGCCUCCCAAGCUGUGUCCCUCCGGAGAAGACAAUCAUGCAAACGCCUUAGCCCGAAACCUAAACGACCACGAAGCCGACGUUCGUAGCUCGAGCGAUGACGACGACGACGACGAUGUUUUCUCGGAUGCACUAGACAAGAUCUCGUUGUCGGGGAAGCUCGACAUUGCCUGUAGACUUAGUUCUUUCAAUGACUUGGCAUCCAGCGACAUCGAGAGGAGAAGUGUUCAUCGAUCUCCCAGUUUCAUCAUGAACCGCUUUCUUCCUGCAGCUACUGCAUUAGCCAACUCUUCGCUCCGCAAUGAUGUGCAUUUCAGCCAGAGAGCCGUUCCUUCUUCCGCUAUUCACCUGCAAAAGGAGUUCAUCAAGGCUAGAACUAAACGCGGAGCUUCCACUCGCAGGCUCCAAGCACCAUUUGAUCCACACGAGGAGAACGGGAGAGACUUGCCUUCGAUGGCUUGCGGCUUGCUGCUCUUCUUUCCUUGGAGCUUCAAGCCCACAGUUUGGGGUUUCAAGAGCCCGGCUCAGCAUCGAACACCCAGGCCCCAUCUUACAUCUUCUCCAAACACGGUCGUCGACCGCUGCAUCAACGGCCGAAGUUCAGAUAGCUUCAACCCCACAGUUUGUGGAUUUAUGAUCAGCCCGGCUCGAAACAGAACACCCAGGCCUGAUCUUGCAUCUCCUCCGAAGAGAAUCAUUUGUAGUAGCGACGGCUGGAGUUCCGAUGCAGAGGAAAAUGGUGGUGGCUUUGCGGAUAAGCUGAGCACAAAGGUGAGCCACUCCCAUGGAUGGGGAUUACCAUUUCUUGAUACGAGUAGACUGAGAACCAGAGGGAGGGACAUCCAAAGGUGGAAAGAUAAAGCGACGAGAAUGGGCUUUGGUGGCUGUCAAAGAGACCAGAACAAGAGAAACGAAGCUGUUCCCGACGGUAGAAGAGCUAUUUGGAGGCUGCCUCAGCUCACAUCCCCUUCUGAAUCCUGGCUUUCUCAUGCUCUAACCUCUAUCAACAGAAGACAGUAAAUAAGUUGGCAAAAAAAAAAAUAUGUAUAUGUUAAGAAAAUAAAAAGCAACUUGUGCAUGUAAUCACUUGUGUGUAGUCAAACAGUCUGUUGAUGUUACUGAUGAUGAUAUAUAUAUAUAUAUGAAUUGUCUAAGGCUG